AUGUCUAAUUUGACCAUUUUCACUGAAUUCCUCCUCAUGGGGUUUUCUGACAUUCGAGAACUUCAGAUCAUGUACGCUUUACUUUUCUUACUCAUUUACUUGGCAACCCUGAUGGGAAAUCUCCUAAUUGUUGUAGUCACUACUCUUGACAGGAGCCUCCACACUCCCAUGUACUUCUUCCUUAGGAUUCUGUCCAUUGUAGAUGCCUGUUACAUAUCAGUCACAGUCCCCAAGGCAUCUGUUAACUCCCUAGUGAGCAACAGGGCUAUCUCCAUCACUGGAUGUGCAGCCCAGGUGUUUCUAGUGCUAUUCCUUGCAUAUGUUGAGUUCACUUUACUCACAGUCAUGGCUCGUGAUCGCUAUGUUGCCUUAUGCCACCCACUCCACUAUCCAAUGACCAUGAAUCCUCAGGUCUGUAUGCAGUUGACAUUAGCAUGCUUGCUCACUGGCCUCCUCUAUGCAGGUUUCAAUACUGGUUACACAUUUCGAUUGCCUUUCUGCCAAUCCAAUGAGAUCCACCAGUUCUUCUGUGACAUCCCCUCUUUACUCACACUCUCUUGUGCAGAGACUUUCAGUAAUAAGAUAUGCAUAGGAGCCUCUGUUCUGGGGGUUGGGGCUGGCUGCUUUGCCUUCAUCACUGCCUCUUACGUUCAUAUAUUCUCUGCUGUGUUCAAGUUUCCAGUGAAAGCAGACCAAAGAAAAGCCUUCUCUACUUGUGUACCUCACAUCAUUGUGGUUUCUUUGUUUGUUGUUUCUGGCUUUUAUGUAUACUUACAACCAUCUUCACAUUCUGGAUCCAUUAAAGAUUUAGUCCUUUCAGUGGCCUACUCUAUAAUCCCUCCUUUCCUGAACCCCAUUAUAUAUAGUCUGCGAAAUAAGCAGAUAAAAGAGGCAGUGAGAAUAGUAAUGAAGAGAAAACUUUUUUACAGCAAUGUAGCAUAA